AUGGCGUUUCCUCGGACGUCCUCCAUCGUGCUGUGGUUCUCACUCAUCCUCUUUGUUUAUUGGACGACCUCGGCUGCUGAGUCACAUGACCCUUCACCUGCUGACCUCUCAGCCCUUCGCAGGCUCAAAAGAGAGCUGGAUGCAACCACCAAAGAACAGGUCCAGAAUGUAAUCCAGGUGGGUGUAAACUUCCUGACCACGGUCACAGUGGUGACAAACAUAAAGCAACCUAACCAGCUGGUGUCGGUGUUCAAGAGCCUGGAAGACUUUGCCAGUUUGGCGCCUGGUAUUGGAAGUCUGGUCCUCUCAUUUGUCAACGUGGUUCUGGCCAUCAUCCCUCAGGAAAACGGCAUCGAGGAGCUGAGGAACGGCUUCAGCGAGGUCAACCGGAGGCUGGACUCUCUGGCCUUCCAGAUAUCCGACCUGUCCACAGACGUGGAGUGGUUCAACUUCGCCAGCGUCUACUCUCAAGAUGAGACUCACAUCCUGAACGCCUGGAGGAAGUUCAAUGAGCUUGAGCAGAACCUCCGGCUGGUGACAAGUGAAGAGGAGAAGCUGAGGCUGGCGGAGAUCUUCGCCAACUUCUAUGAGAACUCAGGGACUGAGGGCAGCGUGGCCAACAUCUACCAUUACCUGAUGGUCAGUGGCACGUCUCUGAGCAAGAACAUCAACAACCUGUUGAGGGACAAGUUCAAAUGCAGCAUCAGUGAAAUAGGCCGCUAUAACCUGUACCUGAGCAGUCUGCUGUGGAAGGGCAUGUUCCUCUACCAGCUCUACUGGAAACUCAUCGGAUUCAGCUCAUCACGUCAACAGGACGAACAUAACCGCAUGUUCAAGAACGUCUUCAAAGCUCAGACCGAUACUUUGCAAUUCUGUCUGGACAACUUUGAGCAGUACGUGGUUAAAGACAUGGAGGUGGUCAGCAAAAGAUUCACCAAAGACCAAAAACUGGACAUCGUUGCCAAUGUCCAAAAGACCCUGGAUGAAAAGUACUUCUGGUACAAGUGGGCAGUGGUGGUGUACGAGCAGAAGUAUGAGGCCUACUAUAAACUUGUCCAUAUGGGGCAUGAACCUGUGGGGGACCUGGUGGUGGUGGUGGGAUUCACCAGCAAGGAAACCCACCCAUACCAAGAGCAAGUUGAGUCUGCUGCUAUGAGGUGCCUUCAUAAAACCCAGUGUUCGGACCUUAAACAGAAGUCCCAGAACUGUUACACUGAGUUUUUCACUGGAAAGUACAUGAAGUAG